GGACCAUUUGCCCAAAAGAAAGAGACCCGACCCAAGUGAAGAACAUGCCGGCACGGGCGCGGUGGCCGGCAGUAACAGUCCCUCCAGUCCCUCCAGCUCUUCCGUCGCAGAGGUGGCAGUGUGGAAGCGCGGUGGCGUUGGCGGUGGCCACUUCUACGACUACGACGACGACAAUAACAGCAGCCGCUCACGGCGCUGGAGGCGGAGGGUGUUGUCGUUUCUGUACAUGGCCCUUGUUGAUCCCACCUGGGGGCCCCGCUUUAAGAAUCGGACUCUCUUUCCUCCUCCUCACCGCCAUUGCCACCGCCUGCGUUUUCCUACCGGUCGACAAGGUACUCCCUGUUCUUUUGUUACCCUCUUUGUAAUGCCUAUAAUUGAGGAUAGAUUCUGGGGCCAAAAGCAUAUGGGAUUUUCUUCUUUCAUUCUGCCUGUAAUU